CGAGUCCGGGCGGUGGUGUUCUCGCAGGGAGAGCGUGCUCGGGGCCCUUGACAUGGCGGCAGCGGCGGCUACUGCAGCGACAAAGGGGAAUGGGGGUGGGGGGGGACGGGCCGGAGCCGGCGAAGCUGGCGGCGCGCGGAAAAAGAAGGGCCCAGGGCCUCUGGCCACGGCGUACCUGGUCAUCUACAAUGUGGUGAUGACGGCGGGGUGGCUUGUUAUAGCAGUUGGUCUGGUCAGAGCAUACCUGGCUAAGGGUAGCUAUCAUAGCCUUUAUUAUUCCAUUGAAAAGCCUUUGAAAUUCUUCCAAACUGGAGCCUUAUUGGAGAUUUUACAUUGUGCAGUAGGAAUUGUUCCAUCUUCUGUUGUCCUGACUUCUUUCCAGGUGAUGUCAAGAGUUUUUCUAAUAUGGGCGGUAACACAUAGCGUAAAAGAGGUUCAGAGCGAAGACAGUGUCCUUCUGUUUGUUAUUGCCUGGACAAUCACAGAAAUUAUCCGUUACUCCUUUUAUACUUUCAGUCUAUUAAACCAUCUGCCUUACCUCAUCAAAUGGGCCAGGUACACACUUUUCAUUGUGCUGUACCCAAUGGGAGUGUCAGGAGAGUUGCUCACAAUAUAUGCUGCUUUGCCCUUUGUCAGACAGGCGGGCCUGUACUCCAUCAGUUUACCUAACAAGUACAAUUUCUCCUUUGACUAUUAUGCAUUCCUAAUUCUGAUAAUGAUCUCCUACAUUCCAAUUUUUCCCCAGUUAUACUUCCACAUGAUACACCAGAGAAGAAAGGUCCUUUCUCAUACUGAAGAACACAAGAAAUUUGAAUAGUUCCUGCUUUCUGCACACCCCUAAAAAACAAACUUUUCAAUGACAAAAAAUGCUGCAGACUUUUUGAGUUCCCAAUACGUUUCAUAGAAAAUAAGUAAGAACUAUUUUUAAAGUAUUAAAAAAAUAAAAACAAGAACCAAAAUCCAGUGUCACACAGGCCUGGGAUUUUAUUUAAAACAAAAAACAAAAACAAAGAACAAAAACUGUUACAUAAAACCUCCUGGCCGGUCCAUUUCAGCAUGCUUUUCAACCAGAAGUUCCCAAUAUUUAUGAUGGCUCUGGAAAGGGAUUUGGCAUUUUAUAUCCUCCUGUUUCCUUCUUGUAUCUGAUAAAUAAAGAUCUGUAACACUAAAUACUUGAGAGUUACAGUCUGAGUAAUGACGUUGUACCAGCUGAAUGCCCGGCUUGCAGUAGAGUUCUGUUUCAGUCUGCAGUGUGUUUAUUAGCAUUCCCUUUUCAAAGCGCUUGACCGCAUGCUGGAAACUCUGUAUUUUUGAAGUGGCAAACUUUGUUCUCUGGAAUGUUCUGAGAUUAUGGCUGGGACCUAUCCCCUCAUAUCUAGUGAAUUAAUUAUACAAUGUAUAUGUCUGUGAAGCUUUGGGGUAGUACCUGUAAUCUGAAAACAACUAGAACCCUUUUGUUUGUUUUCAGUUGAGUCAUUACUGCCUGCCACUAAGAAACGUGCUUGAACUUAGUAUGUGUACAUUGUAGAGAACCUAUCUUAUCCAGGGCUCAGCCUCAAUCAUAUUUUAACACAGUGACAGUUCUCAGAAAGGGAAAGUUCAAUCGCUAGUAAAUGACAAGUACCUUUCACAGUAUCAUUCUCAGAACACCCCUGAGUAAUGUAUUUACCAAUAGCUCUUCUCGUUUGUGGACCCAAAGCCGGUCAAGUCCCAUAAGGAGUUAGAGAAUCUGUUACUGAAAGCACAUGGAAGGUGUAACUUUAGAAAUGUAAUCCCGAAGAACAUUCAGGGACAGGUUUAUACACCCUUAUUAUUUUAUUUUUAAAUUUCAUUCAACUCUUCUGUUGGGAUACUUUUCCCAAUUAUGGUCCUGUGUAAGUCCCACCAAGUGUAAGUCCAGAGGCAGCGAUAUGUUCCCGUUGGGCAGCCAUGAGCUAAAAGCAGUGUCAUCCCCAUGUGUUGGAGCAACCAAGAGAUAGUGUCCUGUGGACAUGGGCUGAUUACUGUCAUAUCUUCAUGCCAUUUAAUUGCUCAGCUGUGCAUUUAAGACUCUUCAAGAAAGGGUUGAUGAAAAUGUAAAGCCCAAGUUCAGAUGUGCAUUAGAUUUUAAACACAGAAUGUUCUUUGUGGAUUCUUUCUUCCACCCCCCACCUUUCUUUUUUAAUGGUUGAUUUAAAAAAUUUUAAAAGCCUAGCUUACUAGCUUACUGAGUAGUUAUUUAAAAUAUAGUUGCUAAUGUCAGAAGAAUGUCAUAAUGGAAAACUAAUUUUUUAAGUGUUAUUUUCAUAAAAGCUUGACAAUUAAGAUGAAAAUGAGAAGAAAGUAUGCAGCCUAAAAUUUAAUGCAGGCAGAUGCGUAAUAAAAUUAUUUUUGAAUUGAACAUUAAAAUUCUGCUUCUUUAAGUCAGCACUCUUAACUUGGGCAUGUUGAGAUUAGAAUCUGUUCUUGUACUUCAUAAACUAAAUAUAGAGGAAAGACUAUUUUUCAUGCUUUUUCUUUUUCCAAAAUGUACUUCUACUGUAAAACAGAAACAAUUUGAGUUACAUUAGUCUUAUUACUUAGUUUGGGUAAGAUUUUUUCAGUCUUUUCUGGAAUAGUUCCAGAAGAUGGGAUAAAAAAAAAAUGUAGAUUUUCCAGGAUCGCUGGACUGGGGUUUUAUUCGGGCCUCUCUGUUAUAAUUUGUCGCUAUUUACAAAGAACAGUCUGUCGCAAACAGUGGUAUUGCACCAAAUUGAACUUUGGCAGCAAGAACACAGCACGCAACUCCCUCCUCAAAAAGGGUCUCCACCCCUGUGUGUACUUCUGUCCAUCAGCGUUUAAAAGGCUCAUGGCAGAUAAGUAAGGCGUGCGUGCGGCCAUCACCUCCCUCCGUAUCUGGUUUCUUUUAUCUCCAACAUGAAUUAACUUCUCCUUUGAAGUGCCAGUGUUCUUUUAUGAAUUGAGAACAUCUAACCCCACCAACUGUCACACCUUAACAACGUGUGAACGAGGAAGGUGGUGUUCGGUGGGUAUUUUGUCAGACUUCCCGUUUUCAUUUCAGGACACAGUCAAAGGCGUCACCUGCCCGGCUGCCCACCUGAUUGGGUAUCUCAGGUUACCCCCUUCAGGGACCACCUUCCAGCAGAGAAUUCUUUGGGGUAUGCAGUGGUGCUUUGUAGACACUGAUCUGCAUCCUGCUGUGCUCUGUUUGCUCAGGUUGGGAUCACUCACUUAACACGUACUGACCGUUAUCAAAGGCACCAUGGAGAGCUAGUCAUGGAAUAAAAGCACUGUCCUUCCAGAUAAAAGCUGUUCCUCUGGAGCAGACUUCCCACAGGAAGGGUUUAGAAGAUGUAGAGGUAAAUUACGAGGCAUAUGAAGAUUGUGCCCUCAUUUCUACUCGUUUGUUUCGGUUAUUCAUUUAUAAUAAAAGAUUGGCGUUGACGUGGUACAACCUGCAAAUUAUUUUCAACUCUGAGUUUCUAGAUAAAACAUUGUAAAACAUCAAAACCAGUACAUACUGCUCCUUUGAAAUUUGGGUAAAAAAUUAUACAACCAUAUAUAUAGUCAUUUUUGUAUUUUUUCUAUGUUGUGAAAACCAAAAUUGUAAUUUUAUAAGUCUUUGAUUCACUAAAAUUAUAUAAUUUAAAUGUAUUUUUUGUAUAUUUAGAAAUAAGGAGUUCAAAGACUAUAUCUAACUUUCUAUGCAUGCAUUUGGAAGCUGUUUUUACCUGAUAACGUUAAUGUAGUAAUAAGUUGUAUUCAUAAAAUAUGGAUCUGUGUUGCAUUUCAAAAUAAACUGGUGUGUGCUCUGCCUGGAUUUGAAAUACUGA